AUGCGCACCAGCACUUCCUUGGAUGUCAUUGCCAACUGGGGCCGCCAGAGCUCGAUGUACCCCAUGACAUUUGGCCUUGCCUGCUGCGCCGUCGAGAUGAUGCACAUCGCAGGUCCGCGAUACGAUCAAGACCGAUUCGGAUACAUGUUUCGAGCCUCCCCCCGGCAGUCGGAUGUUCUCAUUGUAGCCGGCACGUUGACCAACAAGAUGGCACCGGCAUUUCGCCAAAUCUACGAUCAGAUGCCCGAGCCCAGAUGGGUCAUCAGUAUGGGAAGCUGCGCUAAUGGAGGAGGAUAUUACCAUUACAGUUACUCUGUUGUACGAGGAGCUGAUCGUAUCGUUCCUGUUGAUAUUUACGUGCCCGGGUGCCCUCCUACAGCAGAGGCAUUACUGUACGGAAUGAUGCAGUUGCAAAGGAAGAUGCGACACGGAAAAAAGGCCCGCAUGUGGUACCGCAAAUAG